GAUGCCGGGUGGGUUGGUGGGUGUGUGGGUGCGUGCGUCGCGGUGAUGGCGGUGAUGGCGGUGAUGGCGGCGGCGGUGGUGGUGGUGGUGGUGGCUCUGCGCCUCUUCCUUCGCAGCUGGCUCAGCUGGUAACCAGUCAGUGAGCGGAAGGGAAGCAUUGGCAGCCUGAUGGCAGGAGCAGCACCAAUAGCGCAGCCGCUCCCCCAUUCUGCUCCUCGUAGUAAGAUUGGCGACGACCUCGACCUCGACAGCCACCACCACCACCACCACCAUCAUGCCAAUGCCAAUCAGCAGAGAAGGGGGAGCAGCAGCAGCAGCAGCAGCAGCAGCAGCAGCAGCAGCAACGGCGGUACCAGUACCGCGCACCAGCACCAACCACCAGCACCACAAUCAGCACACCCACACAGAGAGACACGCCCCCUACGCAGCCCAUACGAAUCCCAACCAACGCACCCGCAUCCACCCGGCCCAGCGCCCAGCGGCAGCCACACGCCGGGCAAUGCGCAUGGCGGGCGGGCACUCUCAUCCGCAUGCCCAAGCCCAUGCUCAUCCGCAUCCGCAUCCGCAUCCUCAUCCCACCCACCUGCCCCACCGCCCCCGUCCCAGCGCACUGGUCCCGCGGCGCCACGGGCCCGCUUCCCCGACCGCCCCGCCCGGCGACGUACAUGUGCGGCGCCGGCGACGCGUACGUAUGUAUGUACGGAUGCGCGGUGAGGCGCAUGUAUGUACACGAGGCGGCGCGGGCAAAGCGCGGGCGCUGACGAGCGGGAGCGGGCGGGCCGGCGGCGUGGGUGCGUGUAUAUGUAGGCUUGCUUGCUUGCUUGCUUGCUUGCGGUGGUGGUGUGGGUGGGUUGCGGGGGUGUUGGUGCAGGGGUGUUUGGGGGUGCUGGUACUGGUACUGGAGGCGCGCGCGUGGGACUGGGCGCUGGGGAGCCAACGAACGAAUGAACUAACUAACUGACGAACUAACUAACUGACCGAGUGAGUGCCUGACUGUGGGGAGACGGAUUUGGGGAAGAGGGCGGCGUGGGUGUCAGGGCGUAAUCCGUAUCGACGGGUCUAGACUGCGGGCGGGAGAGAAGGCGCAUCGAAGACACACAUACACAUACACAUUCACACACACGGACGGUAGGUAGGUA